AGCCCACAGCACUAAUGCUCAGUUCGCGGGUUGUUUCCUGAAUAGGUCGAUGAGGAAUUACUAAUUGAGCAGCCAUGUUGACUACGUCAAAUUGAAAGCGUAGCUUGAGACCCCGAGCAAACUGCCGAAUGUGGACAGAAAUCCAAGCUUUUACUGAAUGUAUAUAGAGAUAGAGGCGUGUAUAAAUGAGGGAUUGUGCCGCCUUCGAAAUUGACUGAAAGAGGUUAAUACAGUUCACCGAGCAGCACUACUAUCCCCAUACUUAUGGUGUUUGAUGGAAUCUUAAUACAUCUACCUCUUCAUUGAAACGCCCGACUCUACGGCACGAAGCAAUGUCCAGGAUAGCUAUCGUCGGCGCAUCAGGCAAGCUUGGCGGGGCCACGCUCUCCGCCCUCGUGGCUCACAACCUCGCGCCGCCCUCUGACAUCAUCGCCAUGACGUCUUCGACGCCAGACUCGCAGACAUGGGCCAAGCUAUCCUCGACGGGCGCGCAAGUCCGGCACGCGCGCUUCGAAGACGGCGCGACGUUCGAGGAUGCGCUGCGAGACGUGCAGACGCUCUUCCUCGUCUCGACGCCGGAUAUCGCGCUCGACUUUGGCGUCGCGAUGGACUACGACGGGACCGCGCCCGGUGCGGAAAAGGAUAUAGGCCGCGAGAGCCAUCAUAAGAACGCUAUCGAUGCUGCUGUGAAAGCGGGGGUCAAGUGGAUCGUGUACUCGAGCUUGGGGUUCGGGUUUAAAGGCGGUGCAGGCGGAGAGAGCAAGGCUGGGGUCAUGCGCGCGCAUUUGUGCACCGAGGCGUAUCUUCGGAGUGUCGGCGCUGCGCAUGGUGUGAAGAUUACGAUCCUGCGCGAGGGGCUGUAUAAUGAGUCCUGGCCGCUGUAUCUCGGAUACUUCGAUAGCAGGAACGCGAAAGACGAGAGAGACGUCGUCCCGCUCGCUGGCGAUGGGAAGAUCUGCUGGACGGCGAUCCGUGAUCUUGGCGUUGCGAGCGCGCUUGUGCUUGCGUCUGGUGGGAUAGAGGAUGGGGAGAAGGAGUUCGUGGGAAGGACGGUUUAUUUGUCUACGCGGCCUGGGACGGCGAGGACGGUUGGCGAAAUCGCUGGGAUUGUGGGCUGGGAGAGAGGUAGGGGUGUGAGGGUUGAUGUUGUUGGCCGCGAGGAGCAUGAGAGAUAUUAUACUGAGGAUAGGGGGAUGCAGAGACCUGGUGUUGAGUGGUGGGCUAGCACGUAUGAAGCUCUUGAGGAUGGAGAGUGUCUUGUGGAUGACCCUAUGCUAGAGAAUUUGCUGGCGCGGGUCGGGUUGAAGCCUAUUCCGGUUGAGGAGACGGUUGCUGCCAUGAUUAAAGGAGGGGGUGAUUGGAAGAGCAAGCAACAAAAAGCUUGAUCGAUGCUUCAGUCGAUAUGAUGGAACUUAAGAUAGUCUUGGACAGAGUCGUUAUGAAAAUAAUAUCUGUUACAUGGAUAUUAUAGGAUGAGCGUUGAUUAAGGUAGAAUAUCUCUAGCGCUCUGUUCGUGGUCCCUCUAUAAUGAGUCUUCUCAGCUCUCUUGUGAUCUUGACGAUCAGGUCCAAUAGCAGCCCCUCAGGAUAGUGACACUUAGGUUGUAUCUACAAGCAUGAACAAAAUGAGAAGUAGCGAAUAGGAUCC